AUGUUUAGCUCGUUACUUCCGAAACCAAAGCAUACUACGUACGAUGACAGCCUACGAAUCACCUUGAAAACUUCGUCGUCCAAACAAGUCCUCGUACCCAACCAAAUCAAUACGGUAUCCAAACGCGAGACGGCCAUACAGUCAUCUUAUCAAGAUACAAUCCCCCUAAAAGUGAAAUAUCCAAACUUGAAGCACCACUUCCCUCGUACCUACGAUGAGUCCACAGUGCAAGACACUAAAGCCACCAUCGAUAACCUAAUCCAAAAACUUAACGGUAAUGACCCUAAUGCUGAUAACGACAAGACAUCUUUUGUAAAUUAUAACCCAUCGUCUUCUUCGGACUCAAGAGUAAUCCAAAUUAAAAAUUAUAAAGAAGAUCCAAUGCUACCUCCUAAAUUUAAAUUGAGAAAAAAUAGACAUAAAGACCCUUCUCCUCCUCCUCCAAUAUUGAAAAAUGACUCUAAUUUACCUAAAUUAACAAAGGAAGAUCGGGCAAAAUGGAAUAUUCCUUCAGCAAUUUCAAAUUGGAAAAAUAACUUGGGCUAUACCAUAGACUUGAAUAAACGUGUAAUGGCAGCUAAUGGUGGUAUGGACCCUUCGGAAGCUUCUCCUGAUUUCAACUUGGAAAAAUUCGGUGAAUUAUCUUCUGCUUUGGAAAAUGCUGAUAAACAAGCAAGAGAUGAAAUUAAAUUAAGAAAUGAAUUACUAAAAGAACAAGCUUUGCAAAAUCAAGCUGAAAAAGAACAGCUAUUGAAAAACUUGGCUGAAAAGACUAGAUCAAAGAGAAGUUUUAACCCUUCACAUUCUUCUAAUAAAAAAAGUCGAUAUUGA